GUUUUAUUUUUGCAGACGACAGCAACCACUGCCAGCUUAGGCUUAUUUUAACAAACCUUUUCAAUUAUGUCUGAAGAAAUUCCAAGCGAAGGUGUUAAAGUGAGAAUCAGUCAUUCACUGAAUGAGGCUGAGAUUAACCAUGUGACCAACAGGAGACAAUCAACUCUGGAGUGUCUUACAAGACAUGGCAUACAAUGUAGUCUGGACCAGGUGCCCAACAUCGCACUGCUGGGUUCAGGAGGAAGUGAAAGAGCAAUGGUGAGUUUGCUGGAAUCACUGUACGCUCUGGCUCAAACUGAUCUGAUGGACUGCAUGAUGUAUCUUGCUGGAAUCUCAGGAUCGACCUGGUGUAUGGCAUCGUUAUACAAAGAACCUAAUUGGUCCAAGAAGCUGGAAGUAGUGAAGGAUGACAUCAUACAGAAACUUGUUGGCCCUGAUGUCAGUUUGAUGGACAAAUAUGUGGCCCUUAAAGAAUACUACAGAGAGAAGGAUAACUUCAGUCUGACUGAAGUCUGGGCUGUGCUGUUUAUAAGCAAGAUGGUCAAAGAGAUAGACGAGAGUACUUUUACCAGUCGACAUAGGAGCCAACACAGCAAAGAUCCUUAUCCAAUCUACACUGUAAUUGAUUUGCAGAGCAAAGAUGAUAAACUAGAUGCAGAUACGUUUCUUGAGAUCACACCACAUGAGACCGGCGUCUCCAUCACUGGGGCUUUUGUGGAUUCCUCCAGUUUUGGGAGUCAGUUUAAGCAAGGGGUUAAAAUAAAAGAGCAGCCCGAGAUGGACAUGCUGUUCCUGCAAGGUCUGUGUGGUAGUAGUCUUGCUGACCCUGUAAAAAUAUUGGAGGAACUGAUAUAUAUAAUUAAACACUUAUUUGGGUCAGAGUCUGAGAUGAUGGCGGACCUCUCGUCUUCAGAAACAAAACAAACAGACAUUCAGUCCUUCAGUGCUCGACACCUGGACAGGGCUGGAAAACUGCUCUUGACUCUUGUCCAAGUGAAUCUUCUGGUUUUAAAAAAUGAAGAUCCUUCGUCUCAGGUUAAAACCCUGAAUGACUUACUGAGAGGAAAGCUGGAUGAAGACAAAUACAAGAAAUUACUCACCAAGUCAAAAGAAAUGAAUAAGAAGACUGUUAAGGAAUAUACCGUAUACGUAUGCAACCUGCAGUCCUACUGGGAUCCGACAUGCAAUGGGAUCUGGAGUGUCAUUGUUAAAUGCACUGAGUUAGUUGCUUGCUGGGUCUGGGGAACAACAUACAACUUUCUGCACAAAAUGACAGAGAAGGAGGUUUCUAGAAUCUGUAAACAUGAACUGAGGCAUUAUGCUGAUGGCGGGAUCGUCAUCAACUCACCUUUUUUACCAGUGCUGAGGAAGGAGAGGCACAUUGACCUCAUAAUCUCCCACGAUUUCAACGAGGACGACCCAUUUGAGUCUCUCACAAAAACGGCUGAAAUUUGCAAAAAGCUACACAUUGAUUUCCCUGAAGUCCCUGAGGAAAUAAAAAAGGAAAAAGAUUUUCCAAGGGACUUUUAUGUGCUUGAAGGCUGCAAUGCACCGACUGUAAUACACAUUCCUCUUUUCAACAGAGCCAACUGUGGUAGUAAAGCUGAAAUGGAAAGGCUGAAGAGAAAAUAUAGCACCAUCCAAGGGCCCUACUCCAUUGAAAAGAUUGAUGAACUGUUGGAGAAAGCUGGACUGAACAUCACAAAUAACAAAGAGAAUCUUCUGACGGUUAUUCUGAACGUCAUCAAACACAAGAAGUUGUAGAUUUGUUUGCAUUAGUCGAUUCUCAGGUGUCACCAACAUCAUGGUGGAAAUGUUUCUUGUCCAUUAGAUGGCGGCAAAGAACAAGUUGUAAGAAUGAGAGCGAUAAAGAUUUAAAAACUUGAAGACAAAACAUUUUGUGAAUCAAAAAUUAUAUGGGAAAACGAAUCUUGCUGGUUGUUUUCUGGUCACAUGCUGGUUACUAAGCUGGUCAAAACAGCCUAACUUAGUGUCAAAGCCUACCUAACCAACAUAUGCGGUUUUUAAGCACGGUUGUUUCAUGUAUCUCCAAUUGUCCUGUGUGUCUUUUAAUUAUUAUAUAGUUUUUAUUAAACACUGCCUCGCUGAUAGAUCAUGCCUCAUCAUUUUCUUGCUGCAAUCACUUGUGAUAAAAA